AAGAAAACUGAAAAAGUUGAGGGGAAUCCCAACGUUUUUAGUCAUAGACUCAUAGAAUACCUCCCUAAACUCAGAAAGUCAUAGAGAGAGAGAGUGUGUGUGAAAAGAGAGAAACGACAUGGAGAAGGAGAGAGAGCAACUUGUGUACUUGGCUAGGCUAGCGGAGCAAGCUGAAAGAUAUGAUGAGAUGGUUGAAGCCAUGAAGAAAGUUGCAAAGCUGAAUGUAGAACUGACUGUUGAGGAGAGGAACUUGGUAUCUGUUGGGUAUAAGAAUGUUAUUGGGGCAAGGCGGGCUUCGUGGCGAAUAUUAUCUUCUAUUGAACAGAAGGAGGAUAGUAAGGGACAUGAGCAGAAUGUGAAGAGGAUCAAGAGUUACCGUCAGAGGGUUGAAGAUGAGCUUACAAAGAUAUGCACCGAUAUUUUAUCGGUGAUCGAUGAACACCUUAUUCCAUCUUCUGCAACUGGAGAAUCUACUGUUUUCUACUACAAGAUGAAGGGAGAUUAUUAUCGUUACUUGGCAGAGUUCAAAGCAGGUGAUGAUCGUAAAGGUGCAGCAGAUCAGUCACUUAAGGCUUAUGAGGCUGCUACUGCCACUGCAAGCACAGAUCUUCCCCCAACUCAUCCAAUCAGACUUGGACUUGCAUUGAACUUUUCUGUUUUCUACUAUGAGAUUUUGAACUCACCUGAGAGGGCAUGCCACCUGGCCAAACAAGCUUUCGAUGAAGCUAUUGCAGAACUUGAUAGCCUCAAUGAAGAAUCCUACAAAGAUAGUACCCUUAUCAUGCAGCUUCUUCGGGAUAAUCUCACAUUGUGGACAUCCGAUCUUCCUGAGGAGGGAGGUGAGCAAUCGAAGGCUGAUGAACCUCAAGGAGAGAGCUAGUUGAAGUGUUCUAGAUGAAAGGAUUCUUUGGUCUGGUGAUGCCAACUUGAACUUGUGGAAAUAGUUUUCACAUUAGUACAGGGAUCGAUGACCGUUGUGUUGUAUUUUAUCUGUCUACUCGGUGUUUCUAUUCCAUGAAUCAUUCCUACUCCUUCGCUUCCUAAAUGAUGUGUGUUUGUGUUUAUGUUAUCCGUACUGCAUUGCAUUUUAAAACAUCAUCGAGUUUGUGUGUUUU